UUCCAUUAUAGAUUUGUAUGUCUUGUAGCUAAAUCUUGAUCAAUGCUCAUCUUGCCAGGUUGUCCAAGCAAUUUAUAUGAUGACAACAACAUAGACUGGGCACCUACAUUAAAACUGGGACAUCAAAAGGUGAAACAACUCAAAGAGAACGAUGUGAAACGUGCUGAGAGAUCAACAAACAGGGAAUUGAAGCGUCGCCAUUCCGAAGCCGCCAGUGCUCUCUUAGACUUAAAGCAACCAYGACUCUCGGAAACUAACGAAGAAAACCACUCAGAGUUAUCAGGACAAGUAUAUCCAGACAAAGAUACAGAUACGAAUCAUAAGGGAUGCCAAACUGAACAAAUUUCAACUACAAACAACGUUGAAUGUCAAACGGAGCUCACCAGUGAUUUGCUGUAUGCAAUGGAAGAAGAACUAAAUAAAACACGCCAAGAAUUACUGGACCUACGAAAAAAAACUUUGGAUUCCGAUUUAAGUGAAAAAGGCUUCCAAAACAAUGACGAAAAGAGUAAAUUUUACACAGGGUUGCCAAAGUUUGUAUUGCUGUUACAGGUGUUUAAAACAUGCGAGCCUUGGAUAACACACACUGAAAGAUCAGCACUAGGAAAGUUUGAACAACUCAUACUCAMUCUAAUGAGACUUAGACUCAAUCUGCCACUACAAGAUCUAGCAUAUAGAUUCAACAUCUCCUGUUCAACAGCAUCCAGACUUUUUUACAAAGUAGUCUCAAUCCUGCAUUGUAGAUUGCAAUUUCUCAUUCAGUGGCCAUCAAGGGAAUGUCUAUGGGCUACAAUGCCAAUGGAAUUCAGAAAGUCAUUUGGAAGCAAAGUUUCKGUGAUCAUUGAUUGCUUUGAAGUUUUUACAGAGAGACCAUCAAAUCUGUUAGCAAGAGCCCAGACUUGGUCUAAUUAUAAGCACCAUAAUACUGUGAAAUUUUUGAUUGGCAUUGCCCCUCACUGGUCACAUUCAUCUCCAAGGCGUGGGGAGGAAGAGUUAGUGACAAAMACAUAA